AUGGCCAGUCGAGUCGUUCUACCAGCAGUUUCUUCUAGAAAUGCAAGACAUUUGGCUCGCUCUUACAACGAGAGCAGUUUAGCGAGCUUCGACGACUACACAGAGCCGCUCUUGGACCAGCGAGGAAGCGCCUCGAGCUUUAACACCUCUGUACAUUACCAGUCGAUUUAUGACUCUACGGAGUUCUCAGGGAGUCUCAGAAAUCGCCAGGAAGUCAUGCGGAAACGGUUAAAAUUACAUUUCAUGACACCUUUGCAAAAGUACAAACAUCGAGGGAGAAAACCUUGGAAGCUUUUGCUUCAAUUUCUCAAGUUGAUAAUGGUCACUGUGCAGGUAUAAAACGGUGGAUAACGCUAGCUAUGCACUAGAUAAAUCUCUAUCCAGUAGAUAACAUAAUUGGUUUCCCUAAUUCAUUUCCGUGGCGUAGAGAUUUAUCCAGUGGAUUGCUGGUUUGCACGUGUUGUCACGGCAGCCAUGUUGGUGGUCAAGAACAAAAGCAUUUCUCUGCACUGGGAACCAAACUCUAUUUUCGUGUAGAUUCUUCAAGAAAAAAUGCUAUUGUAUUGAACCCCAACAUGGCCGCCUUAUAAUGUGUUUGCAAACCAAGAAUAGUACUAUGUAGCAUUUGAACAACUUGGACCCGUUGAAUACGCAAGAAAGAUGUUUUUUCACUCGUUAGUGUCACAGGUGGUACAGAGGAAAAAUCGGAGUUAUCCCAGCAGGAGUCAAACCUAUUACCUUCGGGGCCCGGUUGUUCAAACGUUAGAUAGCGCCAUCCACUGGAUAAAUCACUAUCCAAUGGAUAAAUAUUUGGGAAACUCACUGGGUUAUCCACACGAUAGAGAUUUAUCCAGUGGAUAGUAUUAUCCACCUCUUUUUAACUACCGGGGCCAGGUUACUUCUCCAGAUGUUCUACCACUGAGCUUCAGAAGACUUGUGGGAGCUUAGGUCACUAAAGUAGGUUCAUGUCAUCUUUCUCAAAAAUCAUCUUGUCAAUUUCUAUAAGCAACCAGUCAGUAAUCCCUUGCAUCUACCAGAAAUUUAAAGAUUUUUUGGUUUUGUAUUGAUUUUAUUUAUUAAAUGAUUACAAGAGAUUUGGGUAUAUAUUUAAUAAUAAGUAACACACAUUAUUUUUUUUAUUUUGGUAGGUUUUCUUGUUUGCAUCAGAGUUUUUCUCUGUUGUAAGCUUCUUAGAUGAUAGUGAACAAGCCUUUGACUACUUGUUUCUUGUUGAUUCCAAUGACUCAAAUUAUGCCAUCUACACAAAAGAUCAGUUCUACAAUCAAGUGCAUCACUCAGUGAGACAGGUAAGUUCGAAAUGAGGGGUCAAAGGGGCUGUUACAGAUGUGCCAGAGGCUGCUAAAUAUGAAAGCCAAGUUCUGUACAUCAACAUGUACAGUUGAAAAAUCUAAGGGUGACAAAAAUUAAUGUGAGAAAUAGUACAGUCAUGUUACCCUGUUAUUGGCACAGUUAAUUAGUUUUUGUCCUUCUGUGUAAGAGGGGCCUGUGUGCAAUUCGCAGCUGUGACUAAAAACCCUUGUUUUGAUUUCUUUCUUUCCUUGUAGCCUUAAUGGUGCAUUGAUGUUAAGAAGGGGGCAAAAUGAGCUUUUUCCUGUAGGCCUUAGGUUUGGUAGCCAGGUGAAGUCUAAAAUAGAGAGAUUUAAAAGUGUCUCAAUAUAACACCAAACAGUGAAGAUCAUUAUAAAAUGGUCAUCUCUUCUGUUUGCCACUGGCUUCUCCCGCAAACAUGUUGCUUAACCUAGGUCUGUAUUCUAGCAAGGCCUGGUGGCCCCUGACACCUACCUUUGCUCUUGGGCGACUAGGAAAUCUUAGGUUUUCCACAGGAUUCCACAGGCUCACUUCAAUUUUUCCAACUGCACAACCUCCAUGUUAUCCUCUCCUUUGUUCUGAUCUCAACCAACUACUUUUGUCCCAUUCAUUUUUCAGUACUAUGAUAUCCGAAAAAUUGCCAUUGGAACUUUUGGUUUUUUUCCAAUGUCCAUGGAGGAGAGACCUGGUCCUAUGUUAAUGUGUGUAUAUAAGUAUAACAUCAGUCAUGUGAACGCAGAAGAGGAGACAUAUGAACUUAGCCGACAAACAGAUUACUGUAUCCUUAAAAAAAUAAUAUAGGCUUAGACAGGGCACCACAAAAGUGCUGUCCAAUUACCUAAGGCUAUUGGAGCGACCUUUUGUGGCUAGCAUGUUUUAAUCAAAAUAAUAAUCAUGAGUAGUUGUCUGAUGAGCAAGCAGCAAUUAGAGGGCGGUCAUUUAAGGCUGAUAGCCGGGGAUUUCUCCUGGCCACUACAAACAUGACUUUGGCUGCUUUCAUUGGAAAAUGAAGGAAAAAAAAAACAGAAGAAAUCCUUAGCUGUUUGAUUUCCCACCUGCUUGUUGUAUUUACCUGACAAAUAACGGUCCUUCAUUAUUAAGAUAAAGUACAUGAAAGUGAUACAAAGGGCUGGUAGGCCUGUGCUUCAUGAGAAGCUUGCCCUAAAGGAUACUUGAGUUUUUUAAUUUUCACUUCACGCUGUUAGCGAUGAUGAGCAUUACUAUAUUUGUACAAAGUGUAUAUGAGUUUCUUUUUGGGAAGAACAGAUUUUUCUUGGUUUUGUAGCUUUGGUCCAAUUUCUCAGGCAAACUCUUUAAGUCAAUAGAACCCAAGAAACUUUGUGCUUUAUAAUUAUAUUUAUGUAUUGUUGUGUUUCACAGUUUGUGAAGUGUUACAUAAUUUGUCCUUUACUCAUGGGUGUAGUUUGUCGAGAUUUGAAUCUCUCUAAGGAAUCAGUUAACAACAUUACUCAUUUUGUUGAAACAAACAUGUUGCCAGAAUCAUUUGAAAGGUACAGUACUUGUAUGUAGUUUCAUUGAUAUCUUCAUUGAAACUUAUAAUCAUGUAACUCAUCAAUGUUUUUUUGAUGACCUCAGUUGAUUUGCUUGAGUUUAAAACAGUCCUGUGAGUCAAAGGAAUGAUUAUAUAUCUAAUCAUAACUAAAACCAAAUUCUCAAAUCUAAUUGGCUCCCAACUAUCCUGAUUUUAGUACUAAUAAGACAGUAUGUGUCAUGCCUGUAAUUGGACUCUAUGGCCAUCCCACAUGCACUUAAAUGGCUUUUUUUUCAUUACUAGCGAGAAAGCUCUCGCAAUUUCUUGUGUCUUAAGUUUAAAAAAACCUAAAAUAUCGCAAAUUUUGCUAUAGUUAUGAUUAAUUGAUAUCAGAACUUUGUUUCCUCCAGUUCGGUCUGUAAUCUUAUCAGACUCGUGAUUAAACAAAUCAGACUCUUACUAUGCGGUCAUCCAAUUGUGUUAAUCACUUGUAUGAUUUCAGACCGAAUUGUAUUCCACUCAGUCCUAUAAUUACCAUUAAAUUAAUAUUUUUACAGCAUUAUCAGUGUCACAUUGAUGGCUAAUGUGAGCUCUGUUCAUUUGCGAAAGUCUCCAAGGAAUCCAGCCUGCUACCUGUUCAAUGUCACAGUA